ACCUCCGCCCCGAGCACCUUCUUCUCCAAUUUAAACUCAAACAAUGGGUUCGAUGAUGAUGAUGAUGAUGAAGAGGUUGCAAACCGAAGUUAUUCACUCGAUGUCGAUGCGCUCGAGGAAGAAGCGAAGCAUGCUGUUCGAGAGUAUUCUCGCUUUUUGUCACGCCAAUUGAGCAUCGAGGAGGAGGAUGGGGCAAAUGAGUCCAAGGGAAGGGGUGGAAAGCAGAAGAAGAGUAAAAGUACGACUAGAAAUGUCAUUCCUGACCAUCUUCUUCCUAGGGUUACCAUUGUUGGGAGGCCAAAUGUUGGUAAAUCGGCAUUAUUCAAUCGUCUUGUUGGGGGUAACAAGGCAAUUGUAGUGGAUGAACCUGGUGUUACUCGUGAUUGCCUCUAUGGUAGAGCCUUUUGGGGAGAUUAUGAAUUCAUGGUGAUAGAUACUGGAGGUGUCCUCACAAUUUCAAAAUCACAAGAUAAUGUUAUGGAAGAAUUAGCUAUUACAAAAACCAUUGGUAUGGAUGGGAUUCCACUUGCCUCCAGGGAAGCAGCUGUUGCAAGGAUGCCUACAAAUGAGAAACAAGCUACUGCAGCUAUAGAAGAAUCGUCUGUUAUUAUAUUUCUUGUCGAUGGCCAGGCAGGUCUAUCAGCAGCUGAUAUGGAAAUAGCAGACUGGCUACAUAAAACUUACUCAAACAAGUAUAUUGUUCUUGCUGUGAACAAGUGUGAAUCUCCAAAGAAAGGAAUCAUGCAAGCAUUAGAAUUUUGGUCCUUGGGGUUUACUCCACUUCCCAUAUCUGCUCUAUCUGGGACUGGAACUGGAGAGCUGCUUGAUCUUGUUUGUUCAGGAUUAAAAAAAAUAGAGGAUCCUGAGAAUCUUGAUGGAGAAGAAAAUUAUGUUCCUGCAAUUGCAAUUGUUGGACGACCAAAUGUUGGUAAAAGUAGCAUUUUGAAUGCAUUAGUUGGAGAGGACAGAACAAUUGUCAGUCCAGUUAGUGGUACUACACGUGAUGCUAUUGAUACUGAAUUUACUGGACCAGAUGGCCAGAAGUACCGGCUUAUUGAUACUGCUGGAAUCAGAAGAAGGGCAGCCGUAGCCUCAUCAGGUAGCACAACAGAGGCUUUAUCAGUUAAUCGAGCAUUUCGUGCUAUUCGUCGUUCUGAUGUUGUGGCUCUUGUGAUUGAGGCCAUGGCCUGUAUCACAGAACAGGACUAUAGGAUUGCUGAGAGGGUUGAAAGAGAAGGGAAGGGUUGCCUGAUUGUUGUAAACAAAUGGGAUACUAUACCAAAUAAAAACCAACAGACUGCAACAUAUUACGAGCAGGAUGUCAGGGAGAAGCUUCGUGUUCUAGGUUGGGCACCUAUUGUCUAUUCAACCGCAAUAGCUGGUCAUAGCGUUGAUAAGAUCAUUGUUGCGGCGAGUACAGUUGAAAAGGAGAGAUCAAGAAGGCUAAGUACUUCCAUAUUGAAUCAAGUGGUGCAGGAAGCUCUUGCGUUUAAAUCACCUCCAAGGACCAGAGGUGGUAAGAGAGGAUGUGUUUAUUACUGUACUCAGGCAGCUAUUAGGCCACCUACAUUUGUUUUUUUUGUUAAUGAUGCUAAACUUUUCCCUGAAACUUACCGGCGUUAUAUGGAGAAGCAACUUCGUUCUGAUGCUGGGUUUUCUGGUACACCAAUUCGACUUUUAUGGCGGAGUAGAAGAAAAAUAGUGAAGAAUGGAGCCCGAGCUGCAUCAGCAAAAACACAAGCAAACCUGGCACCACGUGGCAGAAAACUGACAGCUGCUACAUGAAUUGACAUCACAUUGUGGCAUUAGCUGACUUGAAUCAGACUUUGCUUCUGUGUUCCGGAAACAAAACACAAGCGUCUGGCUAUCAAUCUUGAAGACAAACUUGACAAGGUUCUAUGAGGAAAAUGCUAAUGAGAUCAGUCACUACUUUCUAACUUUUUCUCUUACAUGGAAAAUGGUAUUUUGGAAAUGAAUUUCUCAAAAUAGAAUGGACACAUAUGUCCAUCCUAAUCUUGAAAUUGAGAAUUUUUACAUUUUCAGGGAGUUUUACCAAUUUAUAAGAGAACUUGCCUCAUUUUCUGUGAUGCA